UUUCCUCCUUCCAAAGUGCAGUGUAAGAACAGACUGGAAGAGAGGGUACCUCAAUGACUUGGUUUGGAAGGGGUUAAGUCCCCAGUCAUCUUAUUCUAAAGUGAUUUAUGAUGAUGUGUGGAGUUUCAAAAUGUUCCCCCACCCCAAAGAACAGCCCCACUCCCUCCUCACUGAGUCCACUCUGAACGUGCUGAAAUGGGAAGGAGGCGGUGUUUUGCUGAUCUGUUAAAUUCUUAGUGAAGUUUCCUUGAUUUCCAGUGGCUGCUGUUGUUUGAGUUUGGUUUGGAGCAAAACUGAUGUAGUCCUAACAUUUCUGGGGCUGAAUCCAGGAAGAGAAAGAAGAAAAAGCAGAAGAAAAAGAGGAGGAAAAAGCCUGGAAAACAUAUUAAUCCCAGUGCUUUUACGCCCGGAAACAAAGAGCCUAAGCCAGACUGUGGGGGAAAGGGAGAUAAGAAGAGGGAAAGAGUGAGACUCAGAAAUCGCCAGGACUGGACUUUAAGGGGCGUCCUGUGUCGGCACAAGGGACUGGCACACACAGACACACGAGACCAAGGAGAAACUGCAGACAAAUGGAGAUACAAAGACUUAGAAGGACAGCUCCUUUCACCUCAUCCUACUUGUCCAGAAGGUAAAAAGACACAGCCAGAAAGAAAAGGAAUCGGCUCAGCUCUCAGAUCAGGGCAGGCUGUGGAUCUGUGGCGGUGCUCUGAAAGCUGGAGCUGCAGCACACCCCUUUUGUAUUGCUCACCCUCGGAAAAGAGAGAGAGGGCUGGGAGGAAAAGUAGUUCAUCUAGGAAACUCCUGGGAACCAAACUUCUGAUUUCUUUUGCAACUCUCUGCAUUCCAUCUCUAUGAGCCACCAUAGCAUCGCAAAGUGGAUCACACAAUGACAUGGAGAAUGGGACCCCAUUUCACCAUGCUGUUGGCUCUGUGGCUAGUGUGCGUCUCAGAACCCCACCCCCAUGCCACGAUUAGAAACAGCCAUGGAGGGCGGAAAGUGCCUUUGGUUUCCCGGGACAGCAGUAGGCCAGCUCGGUUUCUGAGGCACACUGGGAGGUCUCGUGGAAUCGAGAGAUCCACUAUGGAAGAACCAAACCUUCAGCCUCUCCAGAGAAGGAGGAGUGUUCCAGUGUUGAGACUAGCUCGCCCAACAGAGCUGCCAGCCCGCUUGGACAUCAAUGGGGCCCCCAUGAGACCUGAACAAAGACCAGCAGCCAGGAGCUCUCCUCGUGAGAUGAUCAGAGAUGAGGGGUCUUCAGCUCGGUCAAAAAUGUUGCGUUUUCCUUCGGGGUCCAGCUCUCCCAACAUCCUCGCCAGCUUUGCAGGGAAGAGCAGAGUAUGGGUCAUCUCAGCCCCUCAUGCCUCAGAAGGCUACUACCGCCUCAUGAUGAGCCUGCUGAAGGACGAUGUGUACUGCGAGCUGGCAGAGAGGCACAUCCAGCAGAUUGUGCUCUUCCACGAGGCAGGUGAGGAAGGAGGCAAGGUGAGAAGGAUCACCAGCGAGGGCCAGAUCCUGGAGCAGCCCCUGGACCCUAGCCUCAUCCCUAAGCUGAUGAGCUUUCUGAAGCUGGAGAAGGGCAAGUUUGGCAUGGUGCUGCUGAAAAAGACACUGCAGGUGGAGGAGCGCUACCCUUACCCCGUCAGGCUGGAAGCCAUGUACGAGAUCAUUGACCAGGGUCCCAUCCGCAAGAUCGAGAAGAUCAGGCAGAAGGGCUUUGUCCAGAAAUGUAAGGCAGCUGGUGUAGAGGGCCAGGUGGUGGAGGAGGGGAAUGAUGGUGGAGCAGGAAAGCAGAGCCUGGGCAGUGAGAAGAGGAAAGAGGACCUAAGGAGAGCACAGGUCCCACCAACCAGAGAGAGUCGGGUGAAGAUCCUGAGAAAACUGGCCACCACGACCGUGGCGUUGCUCUCCCCUCCCUCAGUCCCCAGGGCUACCACCCUUCCUCCUGCUCCAGCCACAGCAGCAACUUGGUACACAUCCCGGGUGGUAACAGUUGCUGCAAGACCUGUGACUACCACUGCCGUUCCCACCACGCAGAGGCCCUGGACCCCCUCACCCUCCCACCGGCCCCCCACAACCACUGAAGUGAUCACUGCCAGGGGACCCUCAGUCUCAGAGAAUCUUUACCCUCCACCCCGGAAGGAUCAGCACAGGGAGAGGCCACAGACCACCAGGAGGCCCAGCAAGGCCACCAGCUUGGAGAGCUUCACAGAUGCCCCUCCCACCACCGUCUCAGAGCCCAGCACAAGGGCUGCUGGCCCAGGCCGUUUCCGAGACAACCGCAUGGACAGGCGGGAACAUGGCCACCGAGACCCAAAUGUGGUGCCAGGUCCUCCCAAGCCAGCAAAGGAGAAACCUCCUAAAAAGAAGGCCCAGGACAAAAUUCUUAGUAAUGAGUACGAGGAUAAGUAUGACCUCAGCCGGCCUACUGCCUCUCAGCUGGAGGUGGAGCUGCAGGUGGGGAACGUUCCCCUUAAAAAAGCAAAGGAGUCUAAAAAGCAUGAAAAGCUUGAGAAACCCGAGAAGGAGAAGAAAAAAAAGAUGAAGAAUGAGAACCCAGACAAGUUACUUAAGAGUGAAAAGCAAAUGAAGAAGUCUGAGAAAAAGAGCAAGCAAGAGAAAGAGAAGAGCAAGAAGAAAAAAGGAAGUAAGACAGAACAGGAUGGCUAUCAGAAACCCACCACCAAGCACUUCACACAGAGUCCCAGGAAGUCAGCGGCCGACCUGCUGGGGUCCUUUGACGGCAAGCGAAGGCUCCUUCUGAUCACUGCUCCCAAGGCUGAGAAUAAUAUGUAUGUGCAACAACGUGAUGAAUAUCUGGAAAGUUUCUGCAAGAUGGCCACGAGGAAAAUCUCUGUGAUCACCAUCUUCGGCCCUGUCAACAACAGCACCAUGAAAAUCGACCAUUUUCAGCUAGAUAAUGAGAAACCCAUGCGAGUGGUGGAUGAUGAAGACCUGGUAGACCAGCAUCUCAUCAGCGAGCUGAGGAAAGAGUACGGAAUGACCUACAACGAUUUCUUCAUGGUGCUAACAGACGUGGAUCUGAGAGUCAAGCAAUACUAUGAGGUGCCAAUAACAAUGAAGUCUGUGUUUGAUCUGAUCGAUACUUUCCAGUCCCGAAUCAAAGAUAUGGAGAAGCAGAAGAAGGAGGGCAUUGUUUGCAAGGAGGACAAAAAGCAGUCCCUGGAGAAUUUCCUAUCCAGGUUCCGGUGGAGGAGGCGGUUGCUGGUGAUUUCUGCUCCUAAUGAUGAAGACUGGGCCUAUUCACAGCAACUUUCUGCCCUCAGUGGUCAGGCAUGCAAUUUUGGUCUGCGCCACAUAACCAUUCUGAAGCUUUUAGGCAUUGGAGAGGAAGUUGGGGGAGUGUUAGAACUGUUCCCAAUUAAUGGGAGCUCUGUUGUUGAGCGAGAAGAUGUACCAGCCCAUCUGGUGAAAGACAUUCGUAACUAUUUUCAAGUGAGCCCGGAGUACUUCUCCAUGCUUCUAGUUGGAAAAGACGGAAAUGUCAAAUCCUGGUAUCCUUCCCCAAUGUGGUCCAUGGUGAUUGUGUACGAUUUAAUUGAUUCGAUGCAACUUCGGAGACAGGAAAUGGCGAUACAGCAGUCACUGGGGAUGCGCUGCCCAGAAGAUGAGUAUGCAGGCUAUGGUUACCAUAGUUACCACCAAGGAUACCAGGAUGGUUACCAGGAUGACUACCGUCAUCAUGAGAGUUAUCACCAUGGAUACCCUUACUGAACAGAAGUAUGUAACCUUAGCCUCAGCCAGUUUUCUCUGCAGCUGCUAAAACCACAAGUGGCCAGCGCCAUUCUUUCACACUGCAUACUACAUUCCCUGCCUUUUUUUUUUUCCAGUGUUUUUCUAAGAUUAAAUAAAUAGCAAACUUUCACCUA